AUAUUUUUGUUUUGUUUUAAAUAGUUAUACCGAUGCGAUUGUUCAAUAAGCGUGAUCAGUUUGUUGAAAGUUCACAAAAUUGUACAGAAAAUGAAUGUUUUCAAAAGGUUUCUUCAAUCGUCUAAAAGUUUCUGCAAUGUAAGAAAUGUAACGUUGGCCAGUGUACAGAUCCCCGCAAGAUUCAAAGGGCCAUCAAAUUUAAUACCGAUCCCGGCAAGGCACUUCUCGCUUACUGUUCAGCGAUUUGAUUUGGCGGAAUUUUUUGACGACAAGAAAAACCUGGGCGAAAAUGAGGUAAAGCAUGGGCGUGCUUGGAACAAGGACGAGCUACGAAUUAAAUCCAAUUCCGACUUGCAUAAGCUGUGGUUCGUAUUGUUAAAGGAGCGAAAUAUGCUACUCACUAUGGAGCAUGAAUGUAAUGAAAAGAUGGAACUUUUCCCAAGUCCUGAGAGAUUGGAUAAGGUUAAUAUAUCGAUGAAAAAUCUCGAGGAUGUUGUGCGAGAAAGGAAUCGCGCUUACUAUGAACUGGAGACAGGUGAAACCGGAGAACGCCCAGGAAAACUGGAGCACAACCAAUUGGGUCUUAAAUUUUAUUAUCGCAUGUUUGAGCACGUCAUUCCCAAGUAUGCAAAUAAAAAGUGGAAUGAAACUCAUAAAUUUAGUUAUCGCGGUGCAGCGGUGACGAAAUUUCUGCGACUUUACCGUGAAAAACUAUAUAAUGUUAAAAGAAAACAUAGAAAUCGUGAUCGGAAUGAAGUUAUACAUUUGCUUAAACGGUUCCCGAAUAUGGAUCGUACGAUGAUUGCUGAAAAGUAUCCAUCCGUGAAUAUUGAAAAAUUGUUGAAAUAUGACCGGAUUCGGGGAAAUCACGAGUCAAUUAAGGCGUGAAACGUAGAUAACAUUAUAAAUAAAACAAUGUAGUUAAUCAUGAGCCUUAUUGCUAAUGACUGUCCAUA